AUGGCCGAAGCAGCCAACAAGUCCUCUCUGGCGAGCUCAAUCUUCUCAUGGUCCCGGAGCAGUACCCCUCCGCCCAAGUCACCGCUACCGAAACCGGUCGAUGCAUCCCCAGCUCUGAGACAGUCGUCGGGCCUUGAUCAUACCGUCGGUCUAAAUCGAUCUCCCAGUCUCCGCAGAUAUCCCAAGGACUGUCCCCCUCUCAAGCCGAGAUGGUACUACGCUGUCGAUGUGGCCAAACGGAAACCUUUCGCCCCGGAUCCGACACCCGAAGAAAAGGCCAAACCCCCGCCAGUUCCGAAGAAACUGGUGCCUUUCUCUUCGUCAGACUCCCAGAGCAUUGAGAAAGCAUACCAGACCCUUGCUCAAAGGAACCCGAACAGAGAUGGAGCUAAUGAGCCCCCGGUCGUCACGACCGUACCUGUUAACGAAGACUUUUUGUAUGAUGUUGAUAUUGAGAAGCGUGAACUUCUCCCUGCCUACUGGUUAGGUCCUGUGUACGAAGUCCGCAGAGGGACCUGGUUCUAUGCCGAAAAUCCACUGAGACCUUGCGACGAGAAUUUAGCCAAUCAACUCGAAGAAGGCUAUAUCAAAGUGGCACCUUGGAGACGAUUGAACCUUCAAAGCCCUCGUUCAGCAUCACAACCUAGGAGUCGACCCAACUCGGCAAUUAUCGACGGCUCCGCCGCUCAGACGCUGGGCAAGUCGCCUCCCUCACAGGACGACGGUCACCCUUCAGGCCCAAACACAUAUCGCUUGUUCGGAACUCAUAUGAACACAACCGUCACAUACCUGGACGAUACGGUAGCGUACCUGACAACGGAUGACUUCCUCUCGCGCGUCAGCAGUACAGUCUAUGGCAGAUUUAUUGGAUAUGGUGGUACGAAGGUAGUUCGCGGCUGGUCUGACAUAAAGCUUGCCGAUCCGCCGAAAGUCGGUCUAAAAGAUGAUUCAAAAUCCACGGAGACAACAAGCACCAAAGAGAAGCGAAAGUCUGCCAAAGUUCCUCCAGACGGUACGCCGGGCGCCGAAGAAGAUAAAGUUCAGGCAAAGAACAAAGACAAUGUCGAGAAGCCUCGGCGGACUGCGUUAGAACGCCAGAUCUCGUCGCUGGCGGGCCUUCCCAAGGCUGACGACUCGAACGAUCUGGGCGAAGAGGAAGAAGCAAGGGAACAGGAAGAACGCGAAAUGGAGGACGCCAGGGAAAAAGAUGGAGCAGAUCAAGCAAGACAGAUUGACCACUUGGUGCUCGUGACCCACGGCAUCGGCCAACGUCUUGGCCUUCGCCUCGACAGCAUCAACUUUGUCCACGACGUCAACACUCUGCGUAAGACCAUGAAAGCUGUAUAUGAGUCCGCUCCUGACCUACAGGCUCUAAGUGGAGAUCCGAAGAAUUGCAGAGUCCAAGUGCUGCCUAUCUGUUGGCGACACAUGCUCGAUUUCCCCAAGCAAAGUCUGAAGCAGAACCGCAAAGAAUAUGACAUUGGAGAUGCUGAUGCCAUAUUCGAUGAUGAUUAUCCUUCAUUGCAGGAUAUCACGGUGGACGGGGUACCAGCGGUGCGCAACCUGAUUACCGAUUUAGCUCUGGAUGUUCUCCUAUACCAAAGUGCUUACCGAGAACACAUUGCCUCUAUCGUACAAAAGGAGGCCAAUCGUGUUUACCACCUCUUCAAAGAGCGAACGGGCUUUUCAGGAAAAGUCAGCUUCUGUGGCCAUUCUCUUGGGAGUGCAAUUUGCUUUGAUCUCAUGUGCCGACAAGAAGAUGAUCUCAAGACUCGACCGAGACGGGUCUCCAGCAAAACAUCACGAGAGCACGGGGUCGAACAGAAAGAUCUUCGUCUCGACUUUGACGUGGAGAACUUCUUUGCCCUCGGCUCGCCUGUUGGUCUCUUUCAGAUGCUCAAGGGGAGGACGAUUGCCGCUCGGCCUUCUCGUGGCGCCAGUGCAUUUGGAGCCACUGUCGUGCCGACAUCACCAUUCGACCCGGACCCUAUGCGAAACGAUCCUUUCGACAGUGCUACAUCGAAAUUGGCCACCGGGAACAGCUCCACCGGCCUCAUACCCAUCACUACUUCGUCGCCCAAAUGCAAUGAACUGUUCAACAUCUUCCAUCCCACAGACCCAAUCGCUUAUCGCAUGGAGCCCCUCAUUUCACCGGCAAUGGCACAGCUGAAAUCACAACCCAUCCCUUAUACUAAGAAAAACCUCUUUGCCGCCCCCGGUAUUUCCAACAUUUCUGAACGGGUUAGCCAGCAAAUCAUGUCGAGUUGGUACAAUCUUACCUCGGGCGUGGCAUCCAGUCUGAUUAAUAGAAGCCUGGGCAUUACUGGUGAGGAGCAAGCCUUGUCCCAGGACAAAGCCAAAGCCGUGAACGCGGCCAAAGAAGGGAGCCAGACCGCUCCUCCACCCGACACGCUUGUGGCAGAUGAGAAAAAGCAACAAGACGUCGCUGAGGCGGCCAGAUCGUCCCCAACGACAGAAAAAGCGCCCACCCUGAUCGACUCUGAAAUGGAAACCCUGUAUUCAGGCUUCCAGAAGCUUCAGGUUGCCACCGACGCAUCCGACGACGACGCUCAAGCGCGCACUUCGGCCGAGUUCCGCCAAGCGCAGGAGCGGGCGAGGAAGCUCAAGCGUGAAGAAGCCAAAGUUCGGGCAUUGAACAGUAAUGGACGCGUCGAUUACCAUAUCCAAGAGGGCAUGUUUGAUGUGUCCCUGCUCGCUAGUAUCGCCAGCCACUUGAGUUACUGGGCGGACGAGGAUGUGAAUCACUUCAUGGUCGGACAGAUGUUGAAAACAAAGGGCAAGGAGCGAGAGCGGGCGAGAGCGAUGGAAGACUCGUGGUGA